AUGAACGGCAGAGCAACUCGAUCUCAACAACUACCCUUGGAAGCAGGAUUGACCUAUUCCGAACGCAAACGCACUACCGAUGGACGGCCUGAUAUAAAAGGGUUAUACGAUCGGUUGGAUAUAAUAUAUUUUGAUGGAGAGCUCGCAGAUGCGGGAUAUACAAUCACGUGGGGGCGGCAGAUGACUUUGACCUCGGGGUGUACCGAUUUGACCCAGCGCGAGGUUCGCAUAAGCUGGGAGAUUCAUCGUAUUCUUCCUGUAGAGGAGCUAAUUGGAACAUUGUUACAUGAAAUGAUCCAUGUAAAACUCUUCCAACAUAGGCAGGAUAGGGACAGCUUUCAUCACACCGGUGCAUUCCUAGAGGAAAUGGACCGAAUCAACACAAUGGGGCCGUUUCGGGCGGACAUUCGUCACGACCUUCCACGGAGGGUAAUCCGUCAAUUGCGCCCGUAUGUCUGGAGAUGUAGGAGCCGUUCAUACAUUCUGCGGUUACCCAACUCUCGGAGGCCCGGUCCGAUAAACGUUCACUUAGUUGAGGGAGAAAUGGUUUGUGAGAACCCUUUGUGGGUUAAAGUCUCUAUUAACUAAAUUAGAAAGCUAAGCAUGGGUUCUUUCAAUUCAGUGCUCUCAGUGUUGUAUAUGAGAGAAAUAAUAAAAAAAACUAACACGCAAUUUAAUGAUUAUUAUUUAAAUAACCUAUCAAGAAAUCUCCUCAAUAUAUAUCUUAUAAAACAUUUAAUUCAUCUGAGAUGGC